AUGACAGUAACGGAUAGUAGAUAUAAUACAUUAAAUAGAAAUAGCAAAAGAAUGGAACCACCUCCAAUUACCCAAGAGGUUUUGGCAUCGGCAAAAAUCUCAAAAAAAGAUAAUAUUCUAAUUAAUGCCAAUGCAGAAGAUGGUAGUGUUCACACAUUUUCAGAAGAAGAAAAAGUUGCAUACUCGAAAUUUAUUACUGAAAGAUUAAUAGAGCAAGAAGAAGAGUUGUCUAAUUAUAUACCAAUUGACCCAUCAACUGAACAGUUAUUUACAGCAUGUAGCGAUGGUGUCUUAUUAAAUAAAUUAAUGGAAUCAUUAUUUUUAUCACAAGUUAGUUUAAAGGGUUUAUGUUUGAAGAAAACUAUGAAUCCAUUUGAAAUGAUUCAAAAUCAAAACAUUGUUAUUAAAAAUGCAAUUGAAGUUGGUUGUAUUAUUGUAAACAUUGGUGCUCAAGAUUUAAUAAAUUCAACACCAUAUCUAGUACUUGGUAUUAUUUGGCAAAUUAUUAAGGCCGGUUUAUUAUCUAAAGUUAAUCAAAAUGCCAAUGAAAUUUUAGAAAUUUUGUUUGAAGAGGAUUCCGUUAAAGAAGUUGAUAACUCCCAAAAUGAUGAGCAUUCAGCAGAAGAAAUUUUAUUAAGAUGGGUAAACUAUCAUUUAGAAAAAGAAGGUUGUGAAAGAAGAGUAUCAAAUUUUAGUGAAGAUAUCCAAGAUAGUGUCGUAUACUCCCAUCUUUUCCAUCAAUUAGUACCAAUUGAAUUUGGAAAUCUUGUAAAUGAUAUCCAUAAAGAAUCAAACUUGUUUUCAAGAGCUGAAAUGAUUACAAAUGCAUGUGAAAAAAUUGGUGUAAAGUGUUUCUUAACCCCAUCAGAUAUUGCUCUAGGACACCCAAAAUUAAAUCUUGCACUUGUUGCAUCAUUAUUUAACUCUGAAGCUGCCAUUGCCAAUCUUAGAAAAGAAUUAGAAGAAAAACAAAGAAGUGAAACAGAAAGAGCAGAACGUGAACGUGAAAGAUUAGAAAAACAACGUCAAGAAAUGGAAAGAAUUGAACGUGAACGUUUAGAACAAGAAAGAUUAGAAAGAGAGCGUUUAGAAAGAGAACGUUUAGAACAAGAAAGAUUAGAACGUGAACGUUUAGAACAAGAAAGACUAGAACGUGAACGUUUAGAAAGAGAGAGAUUAGAACAAGAAAGAUUAGAACAAGAAAGACUAGAACGUGAACGUUUAGAACUAGAACGUCUUGAACAAGAAAGACUCCAACGUGAAUUGGAAGAGCGUUUAGAACAAGAACGUUUGGAGCAAGAGCGUCAAGAAAUGGAAGAACGUGAACGUAUCGAGCGUGAGCGUAUCGAAAGAGAACGUUUAGAAAUGGAGGAACAAGAGCGUAUCGAGCGUGAGCGUAUCGAAAGAGAACGUAUAGAAAUUGAAGAACGUGAACGUAUCGAAAGAGAGCGUAUUGAAAGAGAACGUUUUGAAUUAGAGGAACAAGAGCGUCUUGAACGUGAAAGAUUAGAACGUGAAAGAUUAGAACAGGAACGUUUAGAAAAAGAACAACGUGACCAAGAAAAGAGACAACGCGCCGCAGAAAUGGAAAGAAUGGAAAAUAAUAAAGAGUAUAAAAUUGCUAUUCGUAUUCAAAAAAGAAUGACUGAUGAUACAAGUUUAACCGAUAAUAUGGAAAAGUUGUCUGGUGACAUCACAGAAUUAAAAAGAAAUUUAAUUGGUGAAUUUAGAAAUACCAAUGGACUCCAUGUAGAAUUAAAGAAAAUAACCAAAAAUAUAGAUAGAGUACUCGAGAACAAAAAAGAAGGUAAAAAACUAAAGAAAAUGAAAAAAGUAAUUAUCAAACCGGUAAAAGGUGUACCAAAUGGUUUAGACCCACAUAAAAUGAAAGCUUAUCAAUCACUCUUCUAUUACCUUCAAAACAAACCAGAGAUAAUGGGUAAACUUUUAUUCCUUUUAGAUACCAGCCAAAUGGGUAAAUCUUUUGAUAGCUUAAUGCUUUCUAUGUUCCCAUACGAAAUUAGUCCACGUGAAGAAGAUCUUUUCCUUAGAGCUUUAGCAGUUGGUAUUGAAUAUCAAAUUAGAGUUUCAGAAAAUCUAAAUGACUUUUUACAAUCAGACUCUGUUCCAAUGGUUCUAUUAUACCAAUAUUUUAAAAAGAAGGGUUUCAAAUAUCUUAAGGAAGUUAUCACUCCACUCAUCCUUAAAGUAUUGGAUCAAGAAGACUUAAAUUUAAAUUUUGAUCCUUUCUGGAUAGCAAAAGAAAUUCAAAGAGAAAAAGAAAUUAAAGAAGGUAAAAAAUCGGAUAAACGUGUUCAAGAUCAAACAUUUGAACAAUUAAUGGGUAACAACGAUAUUCUUUCAAUUUUUAAUACUCGUUGUUUGAAAUUAGUAGAAAUUGCACACGAAUUUUUAGAAAAGAUUGUUAAAUCAAUGGAACAAAUUCCAGUUCAACUUCGUUAUUUAUGUCGUGUUAUUGUCGAAAAAUCAAAAUAUGGAUUUAAUUCAAAAUUACCAGCCAAUAGAGAGAAAUAUAUUAGUUACUUUUUAUUAAUUUAUCGUUUCAUCAAUCCAAUCAUUUCAUCACCAGAUCUUUUAAAUGAAUUGGUACUCUUACAACACCCAUAUAUUUCAAAACAAGCUCGUUUCAAUUUAUCACAAAUUUCUCGUCUUAUUCAAUCAUUGUUUAGUGGUUCUGCAUGGAUGAAUAAUUUCCCAACUGUAUAUAUCAAUAAAUGGAUCAUUCAAAAUCAAAGUGCCGCUGAAAAAUUCCUUGUUGAAUGCUGUAAAGUACCCGAAUUAAAUGAACUCAUUCACUAUCGUGAAUAUAAUGAAGUCAUGAAAGAAAACAAUAUCAAGUACUGUUCAGUUAUCAACAUUACAGAAAUAAUUUGGCUUCAUGAAACUAUUUUAUCAAACUUUUACAAUUUAGAGGAUAUCGGUAAUCUUAAAGAAUUAAAUGACAAAACCAUUCAAGAACUUGCACACAGUGGAAAUAUGAGAUUGGAUAAAGGCAAAUAUGUCACUACACCAAGACAAUCUCCAAUGGCUCCAGGUUUAGCAGCAAAUCAAAGAUUAAAUAGAGAUUGGCCAUUAAGAGGUAUUUUAGAUGACAUUGAUUUCCCUAUUCAACUACCAGAGCAAGGAGAUCGUUCAAUUCAAUUAACAUUUAUCAAUCGUUUUGAUGCUAACCCAGAUGAUGAAGAUGAUGAAGAUGAUUGGAAACAAGCAAAACUAUGGAUGAUCGAUAUUUUUGCAAGAAGCCAACCACCAAGAAAAGAUCAAAAUACAAUUCAAAUGAUCAAAGAUGCAGUUUGUUUCUUCAAGACCGGUAAUAACAGUUCUGACAAUAUGACAUUAAUCUCCAAAGCAGAUAAACUUGUCGAAUUAUUAAGAUCCUUUGAUCGUGAAGAUUGUACUGACGAUUUAGAAGAUGAAGAUUGCUUUGAACUCUUUUUAUUAGAGGUCGAACAAGAACUCAUAUCUGUAUUAAGAAAGAAUAAACUCAUGAGAUCAGAGUUAACUCGUCUCCACAGCCUUCUCAAAUCAGUACGUGUCGAAUACACGCCAUUAGAACAUUUAAUCAAAUUCCAACAAGAUCAAUUAAAGAAAGCAAUUGCAAAGAAUGAAUUAAAGAAAACUCAACUCACCAUUCCAAAAAAUAAAAACGCAAAUAAACCACAUAAAUUUAUUUUAGCAGAUUUGGUAAAGAAGGGUAUGAUACUUCGUUGUGAACUCCCAGAAUCAUCUUAUAGUAAAACUAAAAUUUAUAUCAAAGGAGUUGGUCCUGGUCUCUUUGAAAUCGAAGCUAAAUUUGGUCCAAUUACAAAACAAAUUCAAUUAGAGUUGGAUGACUUGUUAGAAAAAUCAAAAAAUCAUAUCGAUGAAUAUCCAUUAGAAGGUAUUACAUUAGAUAUUACUUUAACUAUUCAUUUAUUAAUGAAAUUAUUUAGUUUAUAA